GAUGUUGGGGUUGUCUGUGGGUCUCUCUGUGGGCCUCAUGGUGCUGCUGCUGCUGGUUCUAAUGGUUUACUGUCUGUGGAAGAGGAAGGGCCAACCACGGUACCAAGAACUGCUCUCUGCAGUGCCCACAGUGCCGACAUGUGCCCCUCCAGUGAUCCUAGUUUCUCAGGGCUCCUGGGCCACGCCCAAAGAAAUUCCUUUCACUUUGCCUCCUCGCUUUAUGACAAAAACACCUGUCAACAUGAAGACUGAGGACAAGGAGGAUGACGACGGGAUGAAGCUUGAAGCCCAGCAGGACAUACUAGCCCAUCGGGGUUCACUCUCAGUAAGCACUUGGUACCCAGUAGGGACGCUGCUCGCUGGUCUGUACUCUGUUCCUCCUCUGAAUGAAGUUGUCGCUCCGCCCCCCGGCAUUGCCACGUGCCUCUGCUUUGCAGUGGAAUAUCGACAUGGUGCCGGACAGGUCGUAGUCACUUUGCUCCGCCUGAACAACCUCCCACCCCAUUUCCAUGGCAACAUCAUGCUGGUGGAGCUGCUGCUUCUCCCUGAUGACCGUCGCCCGCGCCAGGCCAAGGCCCGGGGCACAGGGCCUGACCUGGAGCUCCAUGACUGCUUUGUUAUCCAGGUGUCGAGAGCGUGUUUGCUUCAGAGCGUCCUGAGUGUUUGCGUGCUGAGCGUAGACCAUGAUGGGAAACGCCACACGGUGGGCAGGGUGCUGUUUCCUCUGGAGGGGGCACUCAGUCAGGCUGGUUGGGUGCUCUGGAGAGACCUGGACACCGAGGAAGACACACAGUGUUCGGACCUGGGUGAUGUGCAGAUAUCACUCAGCUACAAUCCUCCUCUGCAGCGCCUCUCUGUGGCGGUUCUGAGAGCUCGAGGCCUGCAGCCACUCACAAACACAGGCGUAUGUGUGCAGGUUAGUUUGAAGAAGCACGCUCAUGUGGUGAAGACCAAGAGAAGCUGCGUGAUGAAGCCCGAAACUGACCCCAGCUUCAACUACAGGGUGACCUUUAAACUCUGACCCCAGCACGUGGACGAGGCCUGUGUGACGUUUGAGCUGCAGCAGCCAAAUCCCACCCACUCAGAGUCUCCGGUCCUGCCGGGAGGGCUGGUGUUGGGUCCCUUCAUGUACACCAGAGGUCCACAGCUGCAGCACUGGAUGGACAUGCUUGGCAGGCCACAGGAGACAGUCACACAGUGGCGCCAACUCAACACAACCAAUUAACACCCAAAAUGUAUAAAUACACAAAGAU